GUGUGUGUCAGUACCCGUUGAAUCACAGCGUACUGUAAAAGUUAGAGACAGUAAUGGAGUCAGCGCAUAACGUUUAGACUUUUUAACAGAUUUGUGAAAGCGAGCUGGAGCUAACGUCGGCUAACUUCUCGUCGGUGUGACUUAACCGUUUGUCCGGUGGAAAUGAUCGAGUAAAUAAAAGUGUGUAUGAUGGCAGAGCUCCCGUCUGGACUGCUGGAGGCAUGUGUGGUGGUUGGAGCCUCCAGUGAUAAACUUCGAGACAUAUACCAGCUUCACCAGCAGAGUAAAUUAAGUGAACUCCCCCUGCUGGAAGCUGAGGUACUGCAGGUCCAUGCCCCACCAUUUGUUUCCAAGGAAACCAUGAUCGGACCGGCUUUCAGUCGUGUCCAGAGGAGGAGGAGCUUCAUCAAAAAGAAGAGGCGAGAUCGUACUGCAGAGGCGGUGCCGAAUGGAGAAACAACCAAUCGUAGUGAAACAUCCUCAGCAACAGAGGACAUCAGCGUCCCAAAGGAUCUGGACCUCAUUGCCUUGCCGCAGCUCUGUUUCCCCGGUGGUCUUCAGUUAGCCAGUGAGCAGAGAGAAGACAGUUAUCACUUCCUGGUUUUUACCGACCUGUUUGGGAACCGAACCCAUGGAGUUGUCGUGCAGUACUACAGAGCUGUACAGUCCUGUCAGGACGGUUCUAUCCAGAACGGCCACAGGUGGACCUCAUCAAAGUCCCGUCUCUAUACACCCUUUGCUGUGUGUGUCAUCUCCAAGUUUCCCUACUACAGUGCUCUGAGAGACUGCUUGUCAUGUCUCCUGGUCCAGUUGCGGCCAGCAAGACAAGCGGACCUUGAGGAGACAAUAAAGGAAUUUUCAGCCAAGCUGUCCUUGGUCCCUUUGCCACCUCCUGGACAGCUACACGUGUCCUUCAUUCUUCGUCCCCUCCACGUGGUUCUUCCAUCAAGGGAGGAUCAGGACAGCCCUGUUAUUGACAUCGACCUGCAUCUUCCUUUCCUCUGUUUCACGCACACAACACUACUUCAGGUGUUAUCCUGUCUCCUCCAAGAGCAGAGGCUGGUAUUCUUCUCUGCUGACUGGGCCAGACUCACUCUGGUCGCUGAGAGUUUGCUUCUGUACCUGCAGCCUCUGUCCUGGCAGCAGCCCUAUGUUCCUGUCUUGGCUCGAGGAAUGCUGGACUUCCUCAUGGCUCCUACGGCCUUCCUGAUGGGCUGUCACAUCAGUCAUUUUGAAGAAGUUGCUGCUGAGACAGAGGAGCUAAUUCUGGUGAAUGUUGAUGAUGGGAGUCUGUAUGUGUGUGUGCAUGUGUGUUACCUUGAUAUAAAGCUCUCAGCUGCAGCCAGAGGUAUAGUUGGUAGGGCAGAGUGUCUCCAGCUUCACUAUGACUUGGAGAUGUGUCAUCUUGGAGCAGGCACUGAUGCUAACGCCCUGCGAUGCCAACGCAGAGACUGGCAGACACGCCUCAACACGCAGAUACAAAACAUCGCUCUGGAGCUAGUGGUCAACAUCUUCAGGGGUGUACAGGACUUUUUAAACCAUGAACACAGAGUUUUUAACAGUGAGGAGUUUCUGAGGACCAGGGAGGCAGCAGACCAGCCUUUUUACAAGAAGGUGUUAGAAACGCAUAUCUUUCACUCAUUCCUGCGAGACAGGCUGAACAGGAAACGGGACACCUUCAGCCGAAUGGAGCAGAGCACACGUAACCAUGCACACAGGAAUCGUGCGAUGACGGAGACUCCUCGGCGUCCUCUCAUGUCUGAUCUGUCCAGGACCGGCUACAGCAGCUACGCCAGCCCUAACGACAGACUGAGCAAGAGGCUGGGAGCCAGCCUGCCUAACCUGGAGCAGCAUGGCAACGACACUGUGGCCUCCAUCAGCUCCACCAGACCAGCCUCGCUCAGGAAGAUGACUCCUGAUAUUGGGUUGAAGUUUCAUCAGAAAGCAGUGAAGGUUUUCCGCCUCCCAGAAUUCCCUCCUCCGCUGGCCUAUCAUUACGUCCAGAACUAUUAUUCUGACAUGGUUUCUUCCCUGGGGAAGGCCAUUAAUGCGACACCAGCUGAGGAGUCUGCUCUGCUGGCCAGGUACCACUACCUGCGGGGUUUGGUAAACACUGUGUCCAACAGGCGUCUGGAUGCACUGGAGGACUUCCAGAGUCUUUAUAAGACUGACUCGGAUAUCUUCCCUUCUCAGAUGGUUAAGUCGCUGGUUGACUCUCUGCCAGAAGCUGAACGGCAACAGGCAGACAGACGAUCAGAAUUGAAACGCCUCAUCAGUCGGGUCAAAAGGGACCAGGAGCGGGAACGUGAACGCAACAGCGAAGGGCACGAGGAAGGUGCUGUGAAGCGCUUCCAGCUGCCAAAAAAAUACAUGCAGCUGGAGGAGUUUGUGAAAUGUAUCCAGGAGUCCGGCAUCGUAAAAGACCAAGGAACCAUAAAUAGACUCUUUGACGCUCUCACUGUGGGUCAUCAGAAGCAGGUUGGUCCAGAGUUGUUUCGAGUCUUCUACACCAUCUGGAAGGAGACUGAGGCGGAGGCACAGGAGGUGUGCUUGCCAGCUUCCGUCUUAGAGCACAUCGAGCCAAGCGAGUGCGUCUUCAAGCUGUCCUCCUCUGUCAAGACGAGCCGUGGCGUGGGGAAGAUCGCCAUGACUCAGAGACGGCUCUUCCUGCUGACCGACGGACGACCGGGAUACGUGGAGGUGGCACAAUACAGAGAUUUAGAGGAGGUGAAAGUGUCAUCAGCUCCCUUUCUGCUCCUGCGAAUCCCCAGCCUGAAGCUGCGUGUUCGGGGCAGGAAGGAGGCAUUUGAAGCCAAUUUGAAAACAGAGACAGAGCUGUGGAACCUGAUGGUCAAAGAGAUGUGGGCCGGACGUAACAUGGCUGACCAACACAAGGACCCCCAGUACAUGCAGCAGGCUCUGACCAACGCCUUGUUAAUGGAUGCAGUCGUGGGCAGCCUUCAGAGCAGUAAAGCCAUCUACGCUGCGUCGAAGCUGGCUCACUUUGACCGCAUCAAGAUGGAAGUGCCGAUGAUGGUUCCCAAGACAACCGCAGAGACGCUGAAGCACAAAAUCAACCCCUCGCUGGAGCUCGCUGCACCUCAGGCUGUAGAUGUGCUUCUGUACACACCAGGUCAGUUAUGGGUGUCUGUGAGUGUUGGGAAGGUGAUGGUGUUUGAUGCCUCCAGCUGGUCCCUCACACACACGUGCCAUGUUGGGAAUGCAAGACUGAACUGCAUGCUGGGAGUCGAUAAGGACCAGGUGUGGAUGGGCUCCGAGGACUCUGUCAUCUACAUCAUCAGCAUGGUGGCCAUGGUCUGUAACAGACAGCUGACUGAACACAGAGCAGAGGUCACCGGACUGGCGCUCGACAUGGACAAAUACGGCCAAAAAGUGGCGUACUCCUGCAGUGCUGAGGGAAGUGUCAUGGUGUGGGACGUCUCGACACUACAGGUGAAGAGGCACUUUCGCCUCUCCUGCGAUCGUCUGCAGUCCGUCUACAGCUGUAACGGGACUCUCUGGUGCUGCUCCAGGGACAACAUAAUGGAGGUGUGGAGGAACGGCUCAUUGAAACAUCGUCUUAAUUUACCAGAGCAACAAAAAGGAUCAACAGCCACAUUCAGCUCAAUACUGCUGUUACCUGAGAAGGAGGAGCUUUGGAGCAUUUGUGCGGACUCAGCAGAAGUGUGUAUUUGGCACAUAAAGGACAUCGCCAAACCGUAUCACCGCGUGGCCCUACAGGACUGCGCCGGAUGUUACUGCAUGAUCAAAGUUAAAAACCAGGUGUGGGUCGGCGGAGUUGGCCGCAGCUCUGCCAAAGGGAAGAUUUACAUCCUGGAGACAGAACGCCAUCAAGUCCUGAAGGAGCUUCACGGCCACAAUGACAGGGUGACAGCGCUCUGCUCUGCGGAGGAUCGCUACGUCCUCAGCGGAGCUGGUAAACACGACGGCAAGAUCGCCAUCUGGAAGGUGGAGUAGAGCUGAUGACCGCCUGAAAGUGGAAAAUUUAAAGUUGGAACUCGACUUCUUAAAGGCGGAGUCUUUGCUUCUGGAUGAAGAUUGUUGAUAUUUGAAUUCAACACCAAAACAAAUACAACCCUCCCAUCAGCGCUCCUUCUGUUUUACCAUCCUUUUUGCUCCAACUGCCUUUCUCCUUCUAUAUUCAUGGCUGCUCUGAGCCACUUCCAGUGUUUCCCAUUUAAAGAGCCAGGAUUGUGUAUAAACACCUAGUUUUUUUCAGCACAUACACUCAGUGGACAUCUGGCGGACCAUAAGCGUAUCUUUGUUAAAUUUUGCAAAAAAGUGUAUUGGGAUAGAAUCGCUGACUGCACCUUUAAUGCUGUUACUCUUUAAAACUUCUGUGGGACCUCCUUUGAGCCAACAAAGUACACCAGGUUUUGAAACAGCGGGAAAAAAAAUUAAGAUCUGAUCAAAAUCUCAACCUCAACUUUCCUUUUGCGUCCCAGAGACAUAAAGGAACCACUUGGUGGUCAUGUGAUGCAACCAGUUUACACAAAGUGUCUUCUGCUGCCUGCUAUAAAGUAGUGAUUUACAGCUGGAAAAACAAGUGCUAACACAGUAUUUGUUGGUGAACAUGAAGGACGAAUGAAGACUAAAUUAAGAGGAGUAGGCACAGGAUGUGACAGAUUGUUUUUUAACACAGAGUGCUUUCAUUUUUGUAUUCCACAUGCUGCCUUAUUUAAUGUUCUACCGUGUUUAAUACUGAGUUUUAUCACAGCAGUAUUAUGUGGGAACAUUGUGUGACCGAGCCUCAACUCCAGCUGUGUUUUGAGGUGAGCUUCUGCAGCUCAGAGGAGUCAAACUACCCUGAAAACCGUGGGAAAGCCCUGAAGAAAGUUUAUUUUGAUGGAAGUUAUUCUUUAAUGGACAAUACUCAGUGGAGAGCGCCAAGAAAUAUGAUGAAAGACGAUACAAAGUUAGGAGCUGGACUCAAACUUGUACAUGUGUUUCAUAUAAACAAGUUGAGUCCUACAACAGCUGCAAUUUGAUAAAAAACACACAAAAAAAGGACCGUUCCCACAGUGUUUGCGCUUUUUGUUUUCCUUUAUCAGAUGCUUACCUCAUUUAUAGACAGUUUCCACAUUCUUUCUAUUUAUUUCCCUACAAGAUAAGUUUUACCUGUGUUACAGAGUCAGUGGUUUUAAGCAGGAAAUGCAAAAUGUUUUAUAUGCAGACUGAUGGGGGAUGAAGGCCAAGUCCGGCUAUAAAAAGCUUUAUGCUUGUUAAAAAUGUAGUUAUUUGUAAUUUUAAGUCAUUAUUGCCACUCUGUCAUGUGAAAAUGUAUUUAUAAUCUGUAGACGUCUGU